AUGGCCAAGAGAACUAAGAAAGUCGGAAUUGUCGGAAAGUACGGUACCCGUUAUGGUGCUUCCUUGAGAAAGCAAGUUAAAAAGAUGGAAAUCACCCAACAUUCCACAUACACUUGUUCAUUCUGUGGAAAGGAUGCUGUCAGAAGAACCUCAGUCGGUAUCUGGAAAUGCAACGGUUGCAGAAAGACUUUGGCUGGUGGAGCUUGGACCAUGUCCACUGCCGCUGGUGCCACCGUCAGAUCAACCAUCCGUCGUUUGAGAGAGCUCAACGCUUAA